AUGGAGGUAUAUGUCGAUGAUAUGCUGGUAAAGAGCAAAAAGUCUAAGGACUAUGUGGAGGACCUUAAGGGAAUGUUCGACAUCCUGCGGAAGUAUAGGAUGAAGCUUAAUCCCCUUAAGUGUGCGUUCAAGGUCAAAUUGGGAAAAUUCUUAGGUUUUAUGGUGAGUAGUCGAGGAAUCGAGGCUAAUCCAGAGAAGGUACAGACCCUCCUCGACAUAAAAUCACCACAGAAACUGAAAGAAGUCAAUAAGCUAAUGGAUUGUAUUGUCGUGCUCAAUAGGUUCAUCUUGAAAUCUACAGAUAAGUGUAUAUCGUUCUUUGACACCCUGAGAGGAAGCAAGCCGUUUCAAUGGACGGAGGAGUGCGAACACGCGUUCCAACAAUUGAAGGAGCACAUUAGGAAGCCACCCCUACUAUCCAAGCCUACGACCGGAGAGGUGCUGAGCUUGUAUCUGGCGGUCUCUGAACAUGUCGUUAGUUCGGUGUUGGUAUUGCAAAAGCCUGACACUUUUGGAAGACUCCUUAAGUGGUCCAUAGAGCUCAGCCAGUUCGACAUUGAUUACAAGCCGCGGAUAGCCAUCAAGGGCCAAGCCCUGGUCGACUUUGUUGCUGAGUUCAUGGGGUUGCCGAAUGAAGCAGAGGUUGUUGGCGGGCCACUCAGUUGGAAACUCUAUGUCGACGGAAGCUCCAAUGACAACGGCAGUGGAGCAGAGUUGGUAUUGCAUACCCCAGAGGGUCACAAAGUAACCUCAGCCGUCAGGUUUGAAUUCCCCACAUCUAACAAUAAAGCAGAAUAUGAAGUGUUACUGGCCAGACUCCGGUUGGCAGAACACCUAAAAGUGGAGGCUAUAGACAUCUCCAGCGAUUCACAACUAGUCGUGAACCAAGUGAAAGGCCAAUAUCAAACCAGGGAUGAAAAGAUGGCAGCCUACCUUGAGAAGGUUAAAGAGGCCUUAGAAAAACUCACGGCCUACGACAUACAGCAAGUGCCAAGGGCAGAAAAUAGUAACGCUGACGCCCUUCCCAGGCUAGCCACCUCAAAGGAUGCCGAGCUGUUGAAGCUAGUACCCGUGGAGGUCUUAAAAGAUCCUUCCACUGAGGGAAAGCUUGAAGUCAUGUCAAUGAGUCACCAGCCGAGCUGGAAGGACCCAAUCAUAAGAUAUUUGCUUGACGGUGAACUCCCAGAGGACAAACAGCAAGCAAAAAGGCUAAGGUACCAGGCGUCGAGAUUCACCAUGCAUGACGUUAUUCUUUAUCGAAGGGGAUUCUCGACACCCUUGCUCCGGUGCCUUGAUGAAGAAGAAGCAAAAAGGGUGCUCUCAAAAUCCAACGGACAGGUCGAGGUGGUCAACAAGAUCAUUAAAGUCACGCUGAAGCGGCGACUCAACAGUUACAAAGGAAAGUUGGCAGAUGAGGUACCGAAGGUCCUGUGGGCCUACAGGACAACCAGUAGGACUACCACGGGGGAAACUCCCUGCUCAAUGGCUUAUGGGGUGGAAGUGGUCCUUCCAGUCGAGAUAUCCAUUCCUACCAGCCGAGUGACACAGUAUGAAGAGAAUAGGAACGCCAAGCAAAUGGGCUUGGAGCUCGACCUUUUGGAGGAAAGGUGCAUAACUGGCUAG